CCGGCACCGGCACCGGCACCGGGAGGGCGAAGGCGCCGCCGCCGCCGCUCUUGAGGCCCUCGGCGGCCACCGUCUGCCGGCACCGCCGCUAGGGGGAAGGGGGGGAAGGAGGCGGCGGCGCUCGCUGCGGUCGCUGUGGUCUGGUCCCAUCCCGGUCCUGUCCCCAUCCCGGCACCAUGCCCAGCCCUCGCAGCAGCCGCGAGCGCCGCGCUGGCCGCCCAGAGUUCGUGUCCCUGCUGAGCCAGCGCGGCCCCACAGCCCCAGACAGCCCAAAUCGCCGCCGUGAAUCCGGGGGCUCCGUGCCCCCGCCGCUGCCCGAGGAGGACUGCAUGAGGCUGAACCCAUCCUUCGUGGGCAUCGCCCUCAGCUCCCUGCUCGCCGUCGACCUCUGGGCCUCCAAGCGCCUGGGAGUGUGCGCCGGGGAGGCCUCGGCCUGGGGCAGUGCCCGGCCGCUGCUGAAGGUGGUGGAGGUGUCGGGGCACGGCAUCCCCUGGCUGCUGGGCACCUUCUACGGGCUCUGCCAGAGCGACAGCUCAGCUGCCAGGGAGGUGCUGCUCAACCUGCUCUUCGCCUUGCUGCUGGACCUGGUGCUGGUGGCGGUGGUGAAAGGCAUCGUGCGGCGGCCGCGGCCCACGCACAACAAGAUGGACAUGUUCGUCACCGUCUCGGUGGACAAGUACUCCUUCCCCUCGGGCCACGCCACCCGCGCCGCCCUGGUGUGCCGCUUCGUGCUGCACCACCUGGUGCUCGCCGUGCCGCUGCGGGUGCUGGUGGUGCUCUGGGCCCUCGUCGUCGGCGUCUCCAGGGUGAUGCUGGGCAGGCACAACGUGACGGACGUGCUCUUCGGCUUGCUGCUGGGCUACGGGCUCUACAGCGUGGUGGAGUACUGCUGGCUCUCCCCGCUCAACGCGCCUGCCCUCUUUGCUCUCUGGACCCACUGAGAGCCUCCCGGAGGAGGAGGCUCACACCCCGUUCUCUCCAUACACACGCACAGAGAGAAAGGGGGCUACCGGGACUCGAACUGAGAUUUUCCAGCCAAAAUUUCACACUAGCAACGCUGCAGGCUCCCAGGCCUGUGGGUAGGUGCUGUCUCGCCCUGCUGCGGGGCUGCCAGGCACAACGCAGAGCCCGGGGAGGGGUCAGUGCACCCCCUGGCAGCUCGCUGCUGAUCUGUGAAUCAGGGUGCCCUCGCCGGGCACCUGCUGUGUUAGCCAGCAGUGGGUGGAAUAGCUGGGGCUUCGCAGAGGUUUCCCUGCAGCUGCCCAUGUUAGCUGUGCGCUGUAAAUACAGGUGAUGCUGCUGCUGGGGCCUGUCCUCGGGUUUAUAAAGAGCUCUGCCUGCUGA